AUGGCUACCCAAAAAACUUUGCUAGACAAGCCUAGAAAAUCACUUCCCAAAAGUUUCUGGUUAAUCCUUUCUUUAGCUGCUAUCAUAAGCUCAUCAGCCCUUAUUGCUUCUCAUCUCAACAAACCUAUUUCCUUCUUCCACCUCUCAUCAGCUCCCAAUCUGUGUGAGCAUGCUGUUGAUACAGAAUCAUGCUUAACUCAUGUAUCAGAAGUAGUUCAAGGCCAAACCUUGGCUAACACAAAAGAUCAAAUAUUUAGUACACUCUUGUCCUUAUUAACUAAAUCCACCACAAACAUUCAAAAAGCUAUCGACAUGGUCGACGCUAUUAAGCGCCGAAUUAACGGUCCUAGAGAGGAGACAGCUUUGAAGGACUGUGAGCAACUGAUGGAGUUGUCCAUAGACAGAGUUUGGGACUCAAUGUUGACACUGACAAAAAAUAACAUUGACUCACAACAAGAUGCACACACAUGGCUAAGUAGUGUGCUCACUAACCAUGCAACUUGCUUGGAUGGUUUAGAAGGUACAUCUCGGGCCGUUAUGGAAAGUGACCUUCAGAACUUAAUAUCAAGAGCUAGAUCUUCACUUGCUGUGUUUCUUGCUGUUUUUCCUCAAAAGGGUCAUGACCAAUUUGUUGAUGAAACAUUGAAUGGGGAGUUUCCAUCGUGGAUUACGAGCAAGGAUAGGAGGUUGUUGGAGUCCUCAGUUGGGGACAUAAAAGCAAAUGUUGUGGUGGCUGCUGAUGGCAGUGGGAAGUUCAAGACUGUGGCUGAGGCUGUGGCAUCUGCACCUGACAACGGUAAGACAACAUAUGUUAUUUAUGUGAAGAAAGGAACAUAUAAAGAGAACAUAGAAAUUGGCGCCAAAAAAACCAAUGUGAUGCUCGUUGGUGAUGGUAUGGAUGCAACAAUAAUUACAGGAAACUUGAAUUUCAUCGAUGGAACAACCACCUUCAAAAGUGCUACUGUUGCUGCAGUUGGUGAUUCGUUUAUAGCACAAGACAUUUGGUUCCAAAACUCGGCAGGUGCAGCGAAGCACCAAGCAGUGGCUCUCCGUGUUGGCUCCGACAAAUCUGUCAUCAACAGAUGUCGCAUUGACGCCUUUCAAGACACUCUUUACGCACAUUCUAACAGACAAUUUUACCGCGACUCAGUCAUUACAGGUACCAUAGACUUUAUCUUUGGAAACGCGGCUGUAGUGUUCCAGAAGUGCAAGUUAGUUGCCCGAAAGCCCAUGAGCAACCAAAACAACAUGUUCACAGCCCAAGGCCGAGAAGACCCAGGUCAGAACACAGGAACUUCAAUUCAACAAUGUGACCUAACGCCAAGCGCAGACCUUAAGCCCGUUGUCGGAUCAAUCAAAACUUUCCUUGGCCGCCCAUGGAAGAAAUUCUCUAGAACUGUUGUGUUGCAAUCCUUUCUGGACAGCCACAUUGACCCGACAGGAUGGGCGGAAUGGGAUGCCGCAAGUAAGGACUUUUUGCAAACUUUGUACUAUGGAGAGUACAUGAACAAUGGACCAGGUGCAGGCACGAGCAAGAGAGUGAAUUGGCCUGGUUAUCAUGUCAUCACAAGUGCAGCGGAAGCUAGCAAGUUUACAGUAGCACAACUAAUUCAAGGUAAUGUUUGGUUGAAGAACACCGGGGUGGCCUUUACUGAGGGCUUGUAG